ACAGAAGUGCUUGCGUGUUUGUGAAGAUUAUUACAUACCAAUAUGUGCACUGAUAUUAAAGGAUAUUGAUAUGGAAUAAAAACUACAUACCAGAUGCAGAUAAAUCCAUUUUCAUUUUGUUUUUGCCAAAAGAUCAACUCCUAGAAUCUCUGUUGCCAUCGUUUAGUUGGAAUAUAUUUACUUUUCAACACAUCGUGCUUAUGAUUUUAACAGAAUGUGACACAGCAGAAAUAAUAGCAUAAAUGCAUGUGUUAUUGCGGUUUCAAGUUAUCGACAUUUGCUGUUCUUUAUAGAAAGAGGGAUCUCAAAAAAUAAACUGAACUUCAGCUUCUUGUAAAGUUGUGUUCUCACCAUUUUUCGCCGUGUACACUGCUGGAUCGUAAGCGUACUCUGUGACUGCAGUCAUUCAGUGGUUGAAAGCCAUUGGCGGGCAAAAAGCGACUGGUGUCAUUAUGGAGAACGGCAACGGUAGUGUUCGAAAUAGUAAAACGAAUGUAAUUUUUUCCGGAGAGCUGGAGUUUUGCUCUCUGUGCGGUAGCAUCUUGCCGCUGGCUCUGUCUACAACAGUGGUAACGUGUCGUUUGUGCGGCAACUCGGUCCCAAUUGAGAACUUUCACGGGAUGGAGACGAAAUCUGUUGUGAUCUUUAACGAUCGUGAGACCGCUCUGAAAGGCGCUGCACAGAAGGAACUAAGUAGUGCUGGAGAUGGCCCUAGUGUGGACAGAAUCUGCACAAACUGUGGUCGCGAGGGAAUGACCUAUGCCACCUUGCAGACACGUAGCGCGGAUGAAGGCCAGACGAUAUUCUACUCUUGUCCAGACUGCGGACAUCAAGAGAAUGAAAAUUCCUAAAUAAUUUAGAUAUAUCUAGACAAUAGUCGAUAAAUGCGUUGAAAAAAAGAUAAGUCAAUCGAUGCCAGGCUCCAUGGCAGCAUUUUAGAGAUUGUAUGAAGAACUACGGAAGUCCAUGUUUAGAUAUCUGUUAAGUGAUUCACUUAGUUAAUUUUAAUUUACAUAGUCCUAUGUAAUCACUUAAAAAACACACGAAUUACUGUCAAGUUCCAACGAAGUUUACUUGAAAAUGAUAAGUGUUUUUUUAUUUCAAUUUCAUCAUUCACAAAUUACACAUUUAACUUUUUCUGACGUAUUGUUUGUACGAAGAUCGUAUAUAACGUCUAUGUCGGUGCAUUCCAACAGUACAAGAUGAAUUGACCAGAUUUGAUGCACAUCAGCAUACAGAUAUCUUUUUUCCUUAAGCUAGCAUUUCCUUUUAACUUAAGUUAAACUUAACUGAAAUCUGUCAACUUCUAUGAUGUGCUUUGCCCUGCCAUUUGCUGUCACCUCCAGCUGCUCUGAAAUACAUCUUAUUUGUAAUAAAAUGCUUCACCGUAACGUGAGAAUAAAAUCUAUCCCUGAUCUAUCCCCAAGGAUUUGUUCUUUUUUACGUUGUUCUUGUUUAUCGAGCGUACAUUAAAACGUUAGUGAGUACACCGAUAAGGUUUUAGUAGCAGAUAUGCAUAAUCCGCAAUACGUCAAAUUCGAGAGUAUUGUGAUUUGAUUUACAAAUAUCACUACAUGAAUCCUAAGAUCUACAGAAUUUUUUACACAAAGGUUAUGGCGAGUAGUCCUUUUAGCGAGAAAUUUCCUCACUCAAAAGCUAGUUACACUCUUCAAUAUUUUCAUCGAUACCAAGGAAUUUCGUGCAUAUGUCCACCAUCUCACAGUGGAAACUAUCCAGAAAUAUGAGGUAAAACACUAUAGUUAUGUAUACUACCAGAAAAAGACAUCUUCCAACAUAAUGAUACAUUGUAAGCAUUCGUUAUGCCAUCCCGUAUAAAAUGUAACGCUUAUUGACCGGCAUAAAUAUAAACAACAUUAAGAUUUAACUUUCGCAUGGGCUUUAUGCUUGGCAGGACUCGUACUGCAGCAUCAAUGUAUUCCACGUUAAGUACGAACCUAUUUAGCAUAUUGAUUUUGACAUUAUGUGCGAAACUGAUAAUAAUGACGUUUCCCAUUUUUUGACUCUGUGUUCGCUUCACCAGUGCACAAACGUAACCAUUGCAAUAAAACACCGUAGGAUAACGAAUAGUAAUGGAACUGGCACUGACUGAAUAAAGAGCGCACUAUGACAAAUAAAAAUAUCUGUAAAAUAAUAAAACUAAUCGAGAAAGGCAUGUUAAAUAAAGGCCUUUAGUUUUUGUAGAAUAACCAAAUCUAUAGCAACAACUGUGGCGCAAAAUUCAGCGACUUCAGCGGGUAAAGAAAAGUAAGUG